UCUCUCUCACUUGUUUUUAUUUUUAUUUUUAGCUGUAUCUAUAUCUAUAUCUCUUUUCUCUUUCCAACAAAACACACACCUAAUCAGUCACUCGCUACUUCACUCUCACUCAAACACACAGACAGACAACACAACCAUUGGAUCUUCAAACAACACCAACAACAAUGUCCACAAUUUCACACUCUCUUUUGUCUUAAUCACCACACUUUUUCUUUCUUUUAAUGACGAAUUCUCAUUUUUACACUUUCCAUUUUCCAAAACCCUAAUUCCAGAUCUACCAUGAAUUUACACUAACAUUCACACUACUACUUAAUUACUAUACAAAACCCAUGGCGGAUAAACCCGACCCGAAUAAGCUUCCAAAACCCGGCCCAUACCCACCUGAUGCACCAGCAAUGCCUCCUUCUUCCUGGGCCAAACGCACCGGUUUCCGUCCUAGGUUUUCCGGAGAAACCAAUGCUAGUGAUUCCGGUCAAAUUGCCAGGUCUCCGGCAGAUAUCGAAACCGGGCGGGUACAUCCAGCUGUUAACGGGUCGCCGGCUCCGGCUCCGGCACCGGCGAAUGCUCAAGUGCAGGUGCAAGUAGAUAAGGAUCAAUCUGUGAAAAAGAAGAGGGAGGGUGAAGGUGUUAAUGGGCCCGGUGCAGGACGGUUGCCGCCUAAGCCCAGGGCUAAUAAUGCCGCCCCUGCAGCUGCGGUUGAUACUACAGCUCCGCGGCAGCCCGAGAAUGCAUUGCCGCAGAUUGUUGAUGAUGAGUUUGUGUCGCAUAAUUCGCAUAUGAAAUAUGAGCUUAGAGACACUCCUGGCCUUGUUCCUAUAGGUUUUUAUGGGUUCCAGCAUUAUUUAUCUAUGAUUGGUUCGUUGGUUUUGAUUCCGCUUGUGAUUGUGCCAGCAAUGGGUGGUGACCAUGAGGAUAUGUCGAAUGUGGUGUCCACUGUGCUUUUUGUGUCGGGAAUGACUACGCUUUUACAAGCAAAUUUUGGGUCGAGAUUGCCACUCAUACAAGGCCCGUCGUUUGUUUUUCUUGCUCCUGCGCUUGCGAUAAUCAAAUCCCCUGAGUUCAUUGCAUUGAAUGGAAAUAAUUUCAAGCAUAUAAUGAGGGAGCUACAGGGGGCUAUAAUUAUUGCAUCGGCUUUCCAAGCAUUACUUGGAUACAGUGGACUGAUGACGUUACUCUUAAGAUUGAUUAACCCAGUGGUUGUCUCUCCAACUAUUGCUGCUGUUGGUCUUUCAUUCUAUAGUUACGGAUUCCCGCAAAUGGGUGCAUGUCUUGAGAUUGGCAUGGUGCAGAUUCUGUUGGUCAUCAUGUUUUCGUUAUACCUGCGGAAAGUAUCUGUUUUAGGGCACCGCAUAUUUCUUAUUUAUGCUGUACCGUUGGGUCUGGCUAUUACAUGGGCAAUCUCUUUCCUUCUAACUGAAGCAGGGGCCUACAAGUAUGAUGGAUGUGAUGUAAAUAUACCAACAUCAAAUAUGUUAUCUGAUCACUGCAGAAGACACGUUGCCAGAAUGAAUAGUUGUCGAGCUGAUGCUUCUCAUGCAUUGAAAUCUUCCCCAUGGUUUAGAUUUCCAUACCCAUUACAAUGGGGUACACCUAUUUUCAACUGGAAAAUGGCUAUUGUAAUGUGUGUGGUAUCUAUUAUAUCUUCCGUGGACUCGGUUGGGUCAUACCAUGCAUCAUCUUUAUUGGUGGCAUCUAGGCCUCCCACACCAGGUGUGGUUAGCCGUGGGAUUGGUCUUGAAGGUCUAUGUAGUGUUUUGGCUGGCUUGUGGGGCACCGGGACCGGGUCAACUUCUUUGACUGAAAAUGUGCACACAAUUGCUGUGACAAAAAUGGGGAGUCGCAAAGCAGUCGAGUUGGGAGCCUGCGUCUUGUUCAUACUAUCCCUAGUAGGUAAAGUAGGAGGCUUUAUUGCAUCAAUCCCUCAAGUAAUGGUUGCAGGGCUGCUCUGCAUUAUGUGGGCCAUGCUUGCAGCAUUGGGUUUGUCAAAUCUUCGUUACAGUGAGGCUGGAAGCUCCCGGAACAUCAUAAUCAUUGGGCUGUCUUUGUUUUUCUCCCUUUCGGUUCCAGCCUACUUUCAGCAAUAUGGUCUCUCACCUAAUUCCAACUCGUCUGUUCCUUUUUACUUCCAGCCUUACAUUGUUGCCUCUCAUGGUCCUUUUCGGUCACAAUAUAGAGGGUUAAAUUACAUCAUGAACACGCUGCUGUCAUUCCACAUGGUAAUAGCCUUUCUAGUGGCAGUAAUAUUGGACAACACGGUGCCUGGGAGUAGACAAGAAAGAGGGGUGUAUGUGUGGUCUGAAGCAGAGGUCGCUCGAAGGGAGCCUGCUGUGGCUAAAGACUACGGGUUACCCUUUAGAGUUGGAAAAAUGUUCAGAUGGGUGAGAUGGGUCGGGCUCUAGAGGAUAAGAGAUUAUGCAGGAUGGAAGUUUUGCCACGAUAAAGAGUGUUUGUUUCUAGCCAUAUUGUGAAAUGGAUGACAAGCAUAGUGGUACUGGAUCGAGCAGGUUGCAAGUUGGGGUGAAAAUUUGAAAAUAGGUGGGAUUUGUGUACAUUGAAGAGAGAGGUUCUGUGUUGUAAUGUUAAAUUGUCGAUGCUUUUGUAUGUAGUCUGUAAUUGGAAAUUCUUGUUUUAAUUGAGUCGUCAUUUUUCUUCUCA